AUGGAUUACGCCACGAAUCGAAAUCUUAGAGGCCUCAUGAUCUGGGCACUGGAUCUUGACGACGACGCUGACACUCUUCUGAAUUUGGUAUCUUCUGCCGGGUUAUGCUCUGGAGGGAGUGGUGAUAAAAUAACAUAUAAAUGUGUUCCGAUUGAUGACGUCAGAUGGUGGACUCCUGAGAAUUCAGACGAAAACAGACAAGGACAAUGUGGAAAAUCAGCUCCAUUUGAUAAAACUGCGCAAAGAUGGAAAUUAUUGAAGUUUGCGGCGAACGCUACUGGAAAGGCAUUCGCAAUGCCCUUGGUGCAAUUGUUCCGAAUGCUAGAUAUUGUCUUCACUUUUAUCUUUGAACGUUUUCCGAAUUUCUGA